GAGUUUAGGUACAGGGUACUACCUAGGAGGUAGUUGGAGGAAAACAUAAACUUAAACAUCUAGCUACCUAGGUAACUACAGCACUAAAUUCUUCGACCUGUUCAAGUCCGGGAAUUAAAAUUGUCGGACAAAAAAAAACAAAAACAAAAAAAAAAAAAAACACAGCGACUACCCAUUUUUCAUACACCCGGACAAUAGUAGCCAUGUCGCUAGCACCUCCCGUCUCCAAGGACGGAUUCUCCUACGCCGGAGAUAUUUUCGCCGAGGCGAGCGGCCACAAUCGGCACCGGCGCGCUACCGUAGCGGAGCUCAGAGACCACUUUCAGCGCGGCUCCGAGAAAGAUCACCCGGCGCACUGGUUUGAGGCCCAGCUCAUCCACUACGGCCUGCAGGUGUCCAAAACCAAGGCCGUGGCCCGCAUGCGCCUCUUCGACGCUGUCAACGGCGGUAACCUCGCGGUCCCGGCGCACAUCCAGAGGCUGGAGGCGGACCUGAAGAAGGAAUGGAUCAAGAAGGAGCGCGAGGCUAAGAAGGCCUUGAAGGAUACGGCGGCCCCUUCUUCGCCCGCGCCCAAGACGCCUGCUACGGCCCGUGGCAAGCGCAAGGCCGAGUCUGCGAACAUCGACUUUACCGUCAGCGUCGGGGACAUCAACGUCACCGUCUCUGCUAGCCAGUCGGCUAAGAAAGUUAAGUCAUCGUCUUCUAAAUCGGCAACAACCACAGCAACCGUGCAGAAGGCAGAACCCAAGCCCAGGACCCCGAGGAAGCUUACCACUGCUGCUGCUCCGGCCACUAAGACUACUGCUUCCAGAUCCACUGCGUCCAAGACUACCGUUUCAAAGACAACCGUGUCAAAGACCACCACCACCACCACAAAGGCCACUGGAUCCGCAUCCACAGCUCGUCGCGGGGGAAUCUCCCAAGGACCCAGCCGCGCGAGUACCACGCCAGCACCAGCCCCAGCCCCUCGACCACUAGGCCCCCGCUCCGCCCGUCGCGGCGGGGCAUGGGCAGGCCGAGGCCGAGGCACCGCUACCGCUACCGCUCCUCCAUACCACCACAGCAGCGCCAGCCCCACCCCAUCAUCCCCCGUGAAGAACGAGUAUUCCGACGACGACGACAACGGCUAUAACGGCUACACCGGCUCCGUCAAGCGCGAAGACAACAACGACGACGGCAACGACGGAGAGGAACUCAAGCCCCUCGGCCUGCUCAACGGGCGCUACGAGCUCACGAGCGAGAUGGUGGCCUCGGAAUGGGGCCACACAGACCUCUCGCUCGUAUUCACGCUCAGCGGGACCGAGCUGUGGGGCCUGUUCGACCUGGGCGUCGUCAGCGGCGUCAUGCGCGUGCGCGAGCGGCCGUGGCAGUCGUCUAACCGGGCGUUGCGGUUUACCUGGCGGGGGCGGGAGCUCGAGGGGCCGAUUAUGUACGGGGACGGCCACGGGGGGUGGCUGCGGUUCCUGGGCGGGGGCAGGGUGGAGGGCGAGCUGGAUUUCAUGGGGAUCACGUUUGAGGGGAGGAGGGCUGCGGGCCAGGGCAUGAGGAGCGAGGUGCAUAUUGGCAGGAUGAAGGCCGAGUGGGAGGGGUACUGCGAGGAGGAGUAUGAGAGGGAGAAUAGGAAUCGGUGGUGAAGUGGUUUGCUGCCCGGCAGGCUUGCGAGUAAUUGUAAUAGUAUAUAUGUAUAGGUAGGUAGGUAUGACCUCCCCAUGCAGAGCAUGCGCUUCUAGGUUGAAGUGUCAUUUCCAAAUGCUCUUGGGUACGGCUCGAUAAAGGUGUCAUCACGCAUUUUU